CAAGAAGCACAAAUUGCGAAUCCUCAGCAAAAGUGGCCAUCGUCGUUGUGAAAGUAGAAGCAGUGGGUGAACGGAAACUGAGUUCUGGUUACAUUCCACAGUGACAGUGGCAAUUGUUGAUUUUCAUUUCACAUCCCUAUGUAGCCGAACUUCCUGAGAGAAGUAUUCUACUUCAAAAAACAACACUUAAAUAAUUAUCGAUGCUUGCCAGCGAUUCACAGGCGGUUUCUCCCACGCUGCAGGAAGUGUCGAAAGAAGAAAUAUUAAAAUCUGUCCAGCUUGUGAAAAGUGAAAAUUUAUCAUCACGCUCUGUAACGGUGGUGCCAAUCUAAGAGAAGAAUAGCGGGGAUAGCAAGGUAUCAUAUUGAGCGAUAAUGAUUCACAGCCAAAUAGAAGACGGCCACUAUCGGAUGCGGGAACAGAUUUUCAAUCCCAAUCAACGCCAGCAGCUGGAAGAUAAACGACGAAUUAAAGAGCAAUUGCAGCAGUUGCAAAAAGAUAAUGUAUCCCCAAGCCACAUGUACCGACGACAGGUGAAAAUUCAUGCCGAUGUUGACUUGCUAGAUGAGCAUGAUUCAUUCUAUCACACCACCAAAAGUUUACUGGUUCUGUUCCAGAUUAUGGGAGUUAUGCCAAUAAUGCGCAGUCCCAAGGGAGUUGACAUGCCUCGCACUACCUUCAUCUGGACUUCGAAGGCUUUCAUGUGGGCGUACUUCAUCUACGCCUGUGAAACGGUCCUGGUGGUACUAGUCGCAAAGGAGCGCAUCAACAAGUUUAUUUCGAACAGUGACAAGCGGUUCGAUGAGGUUAUCUAUAACAUCAUAUUUAUGAGCAUUCUGGUGCCGCAUUUUCUGCUACCGUUGGCAUCCUGGCGCAAUGGGUCAGAGGUAGCCAAGUUUAAAAACAUGUGGACGGAUUACCAGUACAAAUAUCUGGUUGUGACGGGCAAGCCGAUUGUCUUUCCAAAGCUAUAUCCGAUCACCUGGGCCCUGUGUGUCGUGUCAUGGUCAUUGAGUAUCGCGAUCAUACUGUCUCAAUACUACUUGCAAUCGGAUUUUCAGUUUAGUCACACCUUUGCCUACUAUCAUAUUAUUGCAAUGUUGAACGGAUUUUGCAGCUUGUGGUUUGUCAAUUGUACUGCUUUCGGCACGGCUAGCAGAGCAUUCGCAAACGAACUAUCCAAUGUGCUUGCAACGGAACAUCCAGCGGAUAAGUUGACCGAGUACCGGCACCUUUGGGUAGACCUCAGUCACAUGAUGCAACAGUUAGGGAAAGCGUACUCGAACAUGUACGGUAUCUAUUGUUUGGUGAUUUUCUUCACCACAAUUAUCGCCACCUAUGGAGCGUUGAGCGAAAUUAUCGAGCACGGGGCGACCUAUAAGGAGGUCGGUUUAUUCGUCAUUGUUUUCUACUGUAUGAGCCUGCUGUUCAUCAUCUGCAACGAGGCCCAUCAUGCCUCCAAAAGGGUGGGUCUCAAGUUUCAGGAACGGCUGCUUAACGUUAACUUGUCCGCCGUGGAUAAGGCAACACAGAAAGAGGUGGAAAUGUUUUUGGUUGCAAUCGACAAAAAUCCACCGACUAUGAAUCUGGAUGGGUAUGCCACCAUCAACCGGGGACUCAUAACUUCGAAUUUGUCUUUUAUGGCUACCUACCUGGUCGUCUUGAUGCAGUUCAAGCUAACUCUCUUGAGGCAAAGUGCCAAAAAGGCUCUAUUCACAGCAUUAGCUGCCAAUAUGACUCAAACCAAGGCAGCGCCCUAGAAGCUCCGGAACCGGAUAAAAACGUUAUGAUAGAGUGAAUCAAAAAUCUCAUUCUUUCUCUCAAUAAAUUUUUCAAAAUAGA